UGGCUGGGGAGGUCACGUGAGGCGGAGGGCCCUGGCCCUUGACAAUAAACAUGGAGUCGAUCUUCCACGAGCGGCAAGAAGGCUCUUUGUGUGCUCAGCACUGUCUGAAUAAUUUGCUACAAGGGGAAUAUUUUAGUCCUGUUGAGUUAUCCUCUAUUGCACAGCAGUUGGAUGAGGAAGAAAGAAUGCGAAUGGCAGAGGGAGGAGUGUCUAGUGAGGAAUAUAGAACGUUUUUACAGCAGCCUUCUGUAAAUAUGGAUGAUAGUGGAUUCUUCUCAAUUCAAGUCAUAAGCAAUGCCUUGAAAGUUUGGGGUUUAGAACUAAUCCUCUUCAACAGUCCAGAGUAUCAGAGGCUUGGGAUCGACCCUAUAAAUGAAAAAUCAUUUAUUUGUAAUUAUAAGGAACACUGGUUUACAGUUCGAAAGUUAGGAAAACAGUGGUUUAACUUGAACUCUCUCUUGAUGGGUCCAGAACUAAUAUCAGAUACAUAUCUUGCACUUUUCUUGGCUCAAUUACAACAGGAAGGUUAUUCCAUAUUUGUAGUAAAAGGUGACCUGCCAGACUGUGAGGCUGAUCAGCUAUUGCAGAUGAUUCGGGUGCAGCAGAUGCAGCGACCAAAACUAAUUGGAGAAGAGACAGCACAGUCAAGAGAUCAGAGGCUACCCAGAAGUGAUGUGGACCAAGCAAUAGAAGUUAACCCUCCUUUUGAUGGAACAGGCAUGUUGGAUGAAGAUGAAGAGAAUUUUCAGAGAGCCCUGGCUCUAAGUAGGCAGGAAAUCGAUAUGGAAGAUGAAGAAGCUGAUCUUCGCAGAGCCAUUCAACUCAGCAUGCAAGGUAGUCGUCGAAGUCAGUUCUCAGACUCAUUGCUGCAGAGUGUUCCUCAGUCGCCUCACACCAGUCAGACUGACUGCCUUUCUUCAGAAGAACUGCGAAGGAGAAGACAAGCGUAUUUUGAAAAGCAGCAACAACAGCUGCAGCAGCAAGAUCGGACCCCAAACCUACAUGAUAAGCCCUCAAGCACUCCAGAAGCUGACCCAGGAGGUGAUAUGAGUGAAGAAGACAUGCUUCAAGCAGCCAUGAAUAUGUCUCUGGAAUCUGUUAGAAACCACUUGAAUACAGAAGAGGAGAAAUGACAUAACUUUUUUCCCCUCUUUAUUGUCAAAACACUAAGUCUUCAUUAUAACUUUACUGUGUGGAUGUUGCACAAGCAGGGUUCAUUUCAGAGUUCUGGAAGCAGGAAUGAAAGGCAGGGGCUGGAGGUCAGAGUUCAGAGGGAAUUUGCAAAUAUAAACAAAAAAUUGCACUAAUUUAGAAAACUGUAGCACUCCUACUACAGAACUUCUGUUCCCAAGAGUACCUGCAUUAAAAUUACUUAAACUAGUCACAUGAACAAAGUGAGACAUGUGUAGUAGCUGUAACUUGCAUUUAAAAAGCAAGUUUAAAUUGUUUUGAAGAAUUCUGUAGAAAAUUCAAAAGGUGCUGGAAACCAGCAUCAACUGAUUUCCUUCAGUACUAAAGGAAAAAUAGAUACAAGUAAUAAGUUGUGACUAUAAAUGACUAAGUCCUUUAUAAGAAAUCACUUAAAAUGGAAAAAAGAAUUAAAUUCUGCUUAUCUUAGAUAAUUUAUUUUGUGAUUGUUUGUUCUGAGUGACUUAAUGUCAACUUUUCGGUCCUGCUGUCCACUUUUGAAAUGACCCAUUCUGCAGGAGAAACGUGAAUCCAUCAUUUUCAUAUUUUGCAGUUAAAAUCUUCAGUGUAUUGUUGAUUAUGAUGAUACUCCUUUCAGUGACUUCUGACUUUGUAACACUUUCUGGUUUUCCCUUCAGUUCCAGCUGUAGGUUUUCCUUUCAGUUCCAACGGUAAAAUUUUCAGAUCCAUGUUUAAAGUAGGAUUUUUUGCAUUGCCCUAUUGUCUUUUAGCAGAUAACUUGCCUUCUUUGGUUUGGAUUUUUAUUAUUUGUUUUUGUUUUCUUACGUUCUUUGUAGUUGUGCCACUGUCUUUACUAUAAAAGUAGCAUGUGAUCAGUUGGGUUAAACAGGUUUUCUUGUAUUUUUUACCUCCUCUGGGGUCUUUUUUCCUCUUUAAGCUCAGUCCUUCAUUCUGGCCUUUCAGUAUGAAAGAGCUGUAACCGAGUCUAGGAGAGAGGAGGAGGGGGUUUAGGUGCCAUAAAGUCAGUGCCACACACAUACGGCGCAUUCCUGCAGUCUGAAAUGACCCCUGCACAAGUAGCUCUUUUAAGAAUGAAUAUUUAUGUCUGUGUGGAUGUUCUUUCUGAAAUGCUUUUUAUGAGCGUCUGUCAGAAUGUUGCAGCUUUUUCAGGAAUGGCCUUUACUCAUGCACCUUACAAUUUUUUAUCAUGCUGUUUCUGAUUCUGAGAAAAAUGGGGAGCAAAGUAUGUGAGAGAGCUUAUUCUAUUGGUUGUAAGACGUUUGCUUUGAUAUCCGGGAUGAAUGUGUGACAGGGUGACCAAACCUGACUUUCAACUUCAGUGCAACAAUUGAGAUGAUUCAUUUUCCAAAAUGGUGCUUGAAAUACAAAUUCUGUUUACAUAUAAAUUAUAUGGGGAAUAUGUUUUAGAUGAGAGUGUGUAAGCUGUAGUCCACUUAAUGCAUUAACAGUUAGCACAGGCAUUCUGAGAAUCUUUUGAAGACAACCCCAAAUUUCUUUAUCAAAAUAUUCUAAAGUUAUAUCAUUGCCCAAUAGUAACAUGUAAUUAAAAUUAGUAUGAAAUGAAUGGUAGCUAGAUGGAAAUAUACAUUCAGCAUCAAGUAGUACUGUACAUGAAAGGGCUCUUACCUCCCAGUGAAGAUUUGUUUAGAGCAGUGGUUUCUUGAUAACUUAGGAUAUUCUUAUAUUAUACAUAAUUGGGCUGAAUUCUGUUUUCCUUACCUGUGUGCUGAAUUUCCACCAAUGUCACCAGAACCACUGGUAUGUCUAAGAUAAUACGGAUUUUGAUGUGAGACAGCAUUACUUUUUAAAAACUGAUUUUAAAUUUUGUCUUUUUAAAAUAAUCUUGUUGUGCACAUUAUAAUUAAUAUCUGUAAUGUCUCAAAUUAAUAUAGCUAAACAAUGGCUUUAAAAGUCCGUGUGUGCAUAUGCCAUAUUGAAAUGCUCUUAUUUUUCAGGUUGUAAAUUUCUGCUUUCGGUUUAAAAUUUGUAUGAAACUGAAAACAGGAAAGGAAUCUGUAAAGCACUGAAUUAUUUCUCUGCUCGUCUGUAAAUUAUCCACAGCUUUAAUUUCCCUUCUUUUGUUGUGCCAUAAACCGCUUCUGAAAUAAGACUCCUUUUUAUAAACAGGUAUAGGCUGGCAAUUUGAUACCAGUACUUGGACCUUUUAUCCUCUGUUAUAAGAAUAUAAUAAAAAUAUAUUAUUUCUAUAGCUAUAUAGUGUAGCAGCCCUAUAUUUAAAAAAAAAAUAAAAAAUUUAAGCCUCUUGAGUUGCGUUAACUGUAACCCAUGGUGAUUACAUGUUUUUAUAAUCACUAAAGUGUGGAGGUUUGCGUUGGAACUUUCAUGUCACUGUGUAAGUUACUUCAUCACCUAAGUGUUCUAAUAUGUGAGGAACAGGCAGGAACAGUGCCUGAAAAGCACAACUGCAUCAGUCAUUACAGGGCAAACCCUAUUCCUUUCUGUGUCGAAACGUUGUUCUACAAAUACCAAUUUGAUUUUCAGAGGAAUAUCAAGGUUAAUGAAGUAGGGGUAUCUGCCUAGUCAAGCAGUUAAGAGGUAGCAGUUUAAGCUAUGUAUGUUAAUUGCACCAAAGGAAAAGACUAAUACUAAUUGCCAACAGUCCAUAUUUUCUAAUCCAGUCCUAAAGUUCAAAAUGUGUGGCCCUGCCAAGAAGCUGCCAAUAAAAAGCCCAUCUCAUUUUUUUGGUGUGCAUUCUUUCAGUGACUAACAGUUCUCAACGUGGCUGAACUAUGCUCAAAAGGCGUUUACUAACUUAGAGCCUAUUCCUGGUGUUACCUCGCCUGUCAAGCUGACGUUUUUUUUCCCACGUUGUAGCUUCAGGCCAAAGUCCAUUGUGAAGGAGCCGUUUUAUUACAGUAUGAUAUUUGAGUGAAUUUCAGACUUCAUUCAUCCAGCAGAAUUUUACAGUCUUCCUCACAGUGAACAGUCCACGUGAUGUAGUGCGUGGUGUUCUGCCUAUAGAAAUCAAAGGGGUGUUGGGAUAAUGGUGAUACAUUAAAUAUCUUCCAAAAUUAUUUCUGUAAGUAUAAUUCUUUGAACUGCUUUCGUGGCCUUGUAAUGAGGGCAGGAGGAAAAAGUGUUAUAAUGCAGUUGUGCUUGAAUGCAAUUCCUGUUAUGCACAGCAAGUAUAAAUAUGAGCUGUUUAAAUGCUCAUAUAUUUGUGGGCUUGACGCUAAUCUGAUACAAUACUGGCUUACUCUCCAACAUUUGGGCUCCUUGUGCCCUUCAAACAACUUCAGCAAGUUUAAAUCUAAUUUUCAGCUAAUGUACUCUUAUUAUUUUUCAGACUUAAUUAAUUUGCAGACAAUUUAACUAAUACAAAGUUAAAUCUCCGAUGUGUUUUAAUGUUGGACUAUUGCUUCUAUUAUAAAUCUAUAAAAUGGCAGGGAGUUUAAAAUAGCUUCUGUCCAUCUACUAAACUAUUUCUGUAUCUCAAGACAAAUAUUGGUUUAUUACAAAACUGACAAUUAGGCUUUUAAAAAUGAACGUGUUACAGUUCUAAAACGUCUGAAAUUUUCUCAAAUUUAGCUAUUGUUUCAAAUAUAAUGAUGAAAACGUACAAAUGGUGGCCUUUUUACUGGGAAGUAUUAUGGGGAGUGGGACUGGAGACCUCUAGAACUCAGACUUACAAAGAAGUAUUAAAUGUACCAUUCAGGUUACCAGCACAUACUUUUAAAGGAAUUGAAAAAAGAAUCCAAGGAAAAGCAAAAUUGAAGUGUAAACUUUUCUGAACGGCCUAGAUAGAAAAUUAUGUUGCUCACUUGGUAAGCCAUUACUGUCUUGCAUAAAACAAAACUCCUGGGAAAUCUUCAUAGUUACAAAUCAUUUAAAAAAAUAAAAAAGGAAAAAAUGGUCUAAUGGGUAAUAAGUAUAUACCCCUUCCCCACAUACACAAUCAGUUGUUCAAGUAAGAACAAUAAUUCAUAUUAAUACAUUUGAACUGGCCUGGUCCAAGUAUUCAAUUCUUGUUUCAAAUUGGUUGCUUGUUUGUGUUGUGUCCAGGUUUGUAUCUUAAGCAUGAGCUGUUUUGCAAUAAACUUUUUUUUAAUCUGUA